GCCACAACCGCAUGCACUGGAACUCCCCGCGAAGCCCUCCAUCGAUUUCUUGCGAAUAGGUAGUGGUGGUGGCGGUCACGGUUUGCUGCAUUGCAGAUCUCUGUCGAUGAGCUCUAGACGCUGAUUCUCCGUCCUAUUGUUUCUUCAUCCUCCGAUUCCUGUGCCAAUGCGACUGAAAUUCAGAGAUUCCUCAGCCAGUCUGGACGUCCGCGCUGCUCACGCAUCUAGGGUCGAGUGCAGGCGGAUAUGAAGAUCGUUUGAUCUUCGUCCUCAACCAGAGGUCAAACCACUCCCAUCACUUUCGCGCGUGACGUCGCCCCCUCCUCCCCCUCCUCUUAACACGCUUUCGGAUUGCGACGGUCCUCAGCUCAGGCCUCCGGAAGAAAAUGUCUGGGGCUCAACCCGAGGCUCAGGCCGUGAUCGCCCCAAGUCAGACAGACGCAAAUGCUCCGCGUAAGAGAAGGAAGCGCGCCCCUGCCGCUGGAGCAGCGGAUGACUGUUUUACAUGUGUCGCGCGCAAUCUCCAGUGCGACCGCCGAAGACCAUAUUGUUCAAAGUGUUUGGAUGAUGGACAAGACUGCGGUGGCUACAAGACUCAAUUGACCUGGGGAAACGGCGUUGCAAGUCGGGGCAAGUUGCGAGGUCUCUCGCUUCCAAUUGCAGGCGCAGAGAAAACUGCCACUCCUCCAUCGCCGACGAAAUCAAGGAGGAGGCCAUCCCAGCGUCAAACUACACGGCUCCGUGCAGGAUCGCAACAGACUCUGUCCUCAGAGCCAAAAAGCGGCCCAACACUUUCCGCGCACAGCUCGAACUCUGCAAGCAAGACCAAUGCUGGCCAUCACUUUCAUCAGUCUAAUCCAACCUUUCCGUUUUCUGCGCCCUAUACCACCUCGCAUUGGACUCCGCCGACAGCAACUGCACCUGCGCCCACUACCAUCAAGAUAGAGACGCCACACUCCGCCUACCCCACAGCUUCUUCCGUAUCUUUAAACUCUCCUCUUGAUGGCUAUGAUUUCCCUGCAGGUUUCAAGUCUAACGUUACCUACAGCGGCAGUACAUCGCCUGGAUCGUUUUCAGCCACAUCUCCAGAGUCUACAUAUUUUGGACGAGUCCUGAGCCAUGGCUCUAUAGGAGCGUCAAACCCACUAUCUGGUUACCCUAUCUCACCUCGGAUCCCCUCACCAUACGAUACUGCCUUUUCGGAUCAAGGCCAAUUUUCGGUUUACCCGAACCAGAAAAGCUCGCAUGUUCGCAGUGAUCCAUAUGUCCAAUUGCCCCAACACUUGGAACCUGUGCUAGAGCAAGGCCACAACCCGGCUGCCGAGGAAGAAAUCGAGGAGAUCAAGCGCGAUGAGUACGAUGACGGCUGUGCCGUCGUUGAUGACGAUUUGAGCGUUGGUCUACCUCGGUUCGUCUUCGAUUACAACCUGUCGAUUUCCCCGUUCUCUGGCAUGAGCGCCAUCGGAGCGACUCCUCGAAUACAAUACCUGAUAAACUACUAUAGCGAGGUCAUUUCACCUGUUAUAGUAGCCUUUGACGGCCCUUCAAACCCUUACAGGACUCAGAUCCUACGAUUAGCAGCAAGAAGCGAGACUCUUCAACAUGCAAUCGCGGCCUUGUCGGCCAGCAAUUUGAGGCAACGGAGAGAAACAGGAGCACUAUCAACGGGCAAGACUGACCCAGCAAGACGGUCGUCCAUUGCGCAUAUGACACUGACGAAUGAGUCCUGGCAAGACAACAGCAUUUUGUCUCCGCAAGAACAAGCUUGUGAGGAAGCAUUGCACAAAGGGAUUGCAAUUCAGUCAUUGAACAUACAACUUGCUAACCCCGUUCUGCGAAAAGACGACUCUAUCUUGGCUACUCUUCUGAUUUUGUGUCUGUUCCAUAUAUGCGAUUCUGGAGUCGCCAAAUUCCAGACCCAAUUUGCGGGUGUGAAGAAACUACUCGGUAUGCGGCAAAAAGAACUGGGGUUGAAUACGAAGGAGGGAAAGUGGUUUACCAGGAUGUUUACGUGGUUCGAUGCAAUGACAGCUACCGUAAAUAAUCGAGAAGGACAACUCCAAGGAUAUCACUUGGACGUUUCUGCGCUCUCAGACGAGGACUGGGCGCUAGAAAACCUCGCGGGCUGUGACGGCCAGCUAUUCAAGACGAUUGCGAAGCUGGGCCGGCUGAACGUUCUUGGUCAAGGCAAGCCUGUUGAAGAAAGCCCCACACUCGUGUCUAGGCCGCUGCCACAGACGCCGUUCGCAUUGAAUCUAGACUACAAUGAUUUUGACGGUAAUGGAUGGAUGCGGAUGCUUGAAGACGAGCAUCUAUUCUCGGAGAAGACGUCGGAUCCGGACGUCCAAGCCCAAUUUUGGCGAGAAUGGAGGGAGGUGCGCCAGAGCUUACAAACAUGGCAGUUGGACACGACAAUGUUCGACCGUUCCAGUCCAGAAGCACCACUUCUCACGCCUGAGCAAAGGGUCGAUCUUGCAAACAUAUCAGAGUCUUUCCGCUACUCAGCUCUGCUGUACACCGAGCGCCUGGCGAACCCAGCAGUCCCAAGUACAGAUACGUCUAUCAGGUUCUGGGUGCAGAAAUGCCUCACAUACAUCAAAGCUGUGAAAUCGGAUGUAUACUUACUCUGGCCGCUCUUCAUCACAGGCAGCGAAUGUGUCGAUGAGGCCGAUCGCAAGGUCAUUCGGGAACGGUGUCUGGACAUCCAGAAGGACAGCGGCUUCCUCAACAACAAGAGCGCUCUUGAGCUGUUGGAGAAGGUCUGGCGACGGUAUGACAAAGAACGCGGGAGAAAUCCUCCGAAGUUGGAGUCGAGCCAUGAUACAGGGCAAGACAUCGAACAUGAGACUGGAUUCAGAUUCACGACGAUAAUGAGACUGGAAGGAAAUGGAGGGGAGUAUAUCGUGGUCUGAGGUAUUUUCAGGUCCCAGAUGACUGGCUCAUGGUAUUGGUUUCAAAAUAGUCCUUCGUUGACUUGCAAAGCCUUAUGCAGUAUACACGAGGAAGCGAUUACAGAACUUACAGAGACGAAUCGUACACACAGGAGAGAGAAGUGACAUUCCAAUCGAGGAUACAGCCUCCUCCCCGACCUCGAGACGCCAUGUAUGAACGUGGCCAUCAUGAGACAGAUUUUGCCC